UAAUUAUGAAUUGGAAGUGAGAGUUUAGGAAAGGAGACUUAUGGAGGUCAAAUAUAGGCUUGGGGAGCUGAGACACAUUCUGACGACGGCUUUCCUGUCGGGAUACGCCGAGUUCUUGCUGAGGCCAGUGAUAACUGAUGUCACUGUCUCCGCGGUUUGCUCCGGCUUAAACGAUACAUGUUCUCUCGCCGUGUAUCUCAGCGGAGUAGAACAAGUGACUGUAGGAUUAGGGACAAUGGUAAUGGUGCCAGUGAUCGGGACUCUAUCCGACAGAUAUGGAAUCAAAGCAUUGCUCACUCUUCCUAUGUGUCUCUCUAUUCUUCCUCCAGCGAUAUUAGGGUAUAGAAGGGAUACAAAAUUCUUCUACGCAUUUUACAUAACCAAGAUUCUAUUCGAUAUGGUCUGCCAAGGCACCGUUGACUGUCUUGCUCAUGCUUAUGUGGCGAAAAAUGUUCAUGGCAGAAAAAGAAUAGCAAUAUUUGGAGUUUUAGCAGGUGUUAAAUCGAUUUCCGCAGUUUGUGCAACAUUCUCAACUCGUUUUUUACCCAUAGCUUCGACUUUUCAGGUUUCAGCUAUAUCAUUUUCUGCCGGCCUGGUGUACAUGAAAAUUUUCUUAAAAGAGAGAUUACAUGAUGAUGAUGAUGACGAAUACUUUGAUGGUGGUAGAAAUCACCAAGAGGUUCAAGAUCGUGGUGAUCCAUUAGCAGAGCCGAUUCUAAGAGAUGCACCAACCAACACACCUGUCUAUAACACUAGACAUUCGUCUCUGAAAGAUAUGGCCAGCUUGAUAAAAAAUAGCCCCAUACUCGUCCAAACAUUGGUUGUGACUUUCUUUGCCACCUUCGCACAAAGUGGAAUGCAGUCGGCUUUCUUGUAUUUUCUGAAAGCUCGUUUUGGGUUCAACAAAAAUGACUUUGCUGAGCUCAUAUUGUUGAUGACCAUCAUUGGCUCCAUCUCCCAGCUAUUUGUAUUGCCGAUAUUGGUUUCUGCUAUUGGAGAACGUAAGGUUUUAUCAAUAGGGCUUCUUAUGGAAACUCUCAACGCAGCUUGUCUUAGUGUUUCGUGGUCAGCAUGGGUUCCUUAUGCCACGACCGUGCUUGUACCCGUAGUCAUGUUCGUAAUGCCAUCUGUUUGUGGUAUUGCUUCAAGACAAGUGGGAGCCGGUGAACAGGGGAAGGUUCAGGGAUACAUAUCCGGGGUAAAGUCUUUUUCUGGAGUCUUGGCUCCAUUUAUAUAUAGUCCACUGACAGCAUUGUUUCUAUCCGAAAACGCUCCGUUCUAUUUUCCUGGAUUCAGCCUUCUGUGUGUUGCAUUCUCCUUGAUGAUUGGAUUCCUUCUGAGCCUUCUGAUAAAAGAUGUUCCUUCUCCGUCAUUGAACAAAGCAUCAACAACAAUUCAAAUUGAGGAAGCUUUAACAAGAGAUAUCUCAUGAAGAAAUGUAUCUA